UGGCAACAUUGUGUGCUUGAGAGGAGGAAAUAUCCCAGUCCAAACUAGUGCUCCUCAAACCACUACUGAUGCAGCUGUGGCUUUUGGCAGGCAGAGCUUCCCUCCUGGCUUUGCUUUUGGUGCUGCCACUGCUGCUUAUCAGAUAGAAGGAGCUUGGAAUGAAGGAGGGAGAGGGCCAAGCAUUUGGGACACAUUCGCCCAACAACACCCUGGAAGACGUGAAGCUGUUAAAGGACAUGAACGUAGAUUCCUAUAGAUUCUCUAUUUCUUGGUCAAGGAUACUACCAAAGGGAUCACUUAUAGGUGGCAUUAAUCAAGAAGGAAUCAACUACUACAACAAUCUCAUCAAUGAAUUAAUCAAAAAUGGCAUCACACCUUAUGUCACACUGUUCCAUUGGGAUGUACCUCAAGCUCUUGAGGAUGAAUAUGGAGGUUUUCUCAAUAAAAAGAUAAUGUUUGAUUUUAAGAACUAUUGUGAAAUUUGUUUCAAAGAGUUCGGAGACAGAGUUAAGCAUUGGAUCACAUUGAAUGAGCCAUGGAGUUUCAGUAGCAUGGGAUACGGUCUUGGACGGCACGCGCCCGGACGGUGCUCGCAGAUCCUUGGUUGCUCAGUCGGUAACUCAAUCAUCGAGCCUUAUAUUGUGACACAUAAUUUACUGCUUGCUCACGGAGCUGCUGCUCGACUCUACAAAGAUAAGUAUCAGACAACCCAAGGAGGACAAGUCGGGAUCACUUUGGUUUGUAUGUGGUAUCAUCCUUACGACCAGUCACACAAACAUGUCGAGGCGGCAACCCGAGCUUUGGAUUUCAUGCUUGCAUGGUACUUGGAUCCAUUGUUGCAUGGAGAUUAUCCAUUUAACAUGAAAGCUAUAGUGAGGGAUAGACUGCCUACAUUCAGUAAAGAAGAAGCAGAUAUGAUUAAAGGAUCAUAUGAUUUCAUCGGUAUCAAUUACUAUACGGCGAGAUAUGCUCGUGAAGUACCGUAUUCUCAAGCACCUCCUUUCCUCCAUAUCAAUGAAUCAUAUGCCGAACAAUUAGAGGCCAAAGAUGGGGUUCCUAUUGGUGAAUCGAAUGGAAGCUGGAUUUAUGUAUAUCCAAGAGGACUCAGAGACCUACUGUUAUAUAUAAAGAGGCGAUAUGAAAACCCGGCAAUCUACAUUACUGAGAAUGGAAUUAGCAAUGUUGACAAGUCUGGCAUUCCGAAGGAGGAAGCUCUGGCUGAUGAAAUGAGAAAGAACUACCUUGCAGUUCAUCUAGCUGAAAUUUGUGAUGCCAUAAGGGAGGGAGCAAAUGUGAAGGGAUACUUUGCAUGGUCUCUGAUGGACAACUAUGAAUGGGAGAAAGGUUAUACGGAGAGGUUUGGGCUCAAUUAUGUGGACUAUAACUCCUUGGAACGCACACCAAAAAACUCUGCAAAAUGGUUCUCUAAAUUCCUGCAGCCAAAGCCUCAAAACUAGCCUCCAUUAGUUACCACUAAUGUAAUAAUGGAUGCAUGUUGUACUAUCUUUGUCUCUCUUGAUGCACUGGUUAUGUUGUUUGUUUCUUCAAAAUGAGUGGACUAUCCUUGUAUCGGUCAUGGAUGGCAGUCAUGUGCGUACUUUCACGUGUUGAAUUAUAAUAGGUGCAUUUAAAUUAAAAGUCCCGUCUUUCUGUCUUUA